CACGAUUCAAAACACAAGACUCUCUGGAUUCUCUUGACCGCAGAUGAAAGUCCACGAAUGGGGAUUUUAGGCACUGCUUGCUCACAAGAAGAUGGGUGAAGAACUGAGUGCGUGCUGUGAUUUACAUCAUGUUCGAGCUUCAAUGUGCAAUAACCGAUGCGAUCACAGACUCAACUGUGUCGACCUGUUAUGAUAUAAUAUGCAAGCUACAAUUAGCAAAAACUGUUUGCGCUGCGGUUUGUACAGCUAUGCCCACAAGGAUAUAUUCAGAUACAACAACUCAGCACUGAUGACAGCCUUUGAAAUGGGUAAGAAUGGUUCCGAGGGAGCCAAAUCUUGGGCAGAGGAGUUGCACAGUAGUACUAGCAAGAGGCAGUCAAGUUAGGAGGAUCAAUCUGUUGUGACGUGGGCAGUAUGAGGUAAGAACGCAUUGCGUGAGCGUGAGAAAGAUCAACGUCCUCCCAAUCUACAUUGCAGUCCAUGAAAUAAUGGCCAUCUCUCCUGCCCAGAAAGCAGCAGUCGAAGAAGUGCUCAAUGCAAUAACUUCAGCGACAGGUCCUCCUCGCAAGCGCCAGCUCGCCUCUAUGUUCAUGGAUUUGGUGGACAGGGAAGACUGGGCAGAGUACUACGAGGUCAUACCCGAACCGCGCUGCCUCAGAGACAUUGCCGCGUCUCUGGAGAAGAACCGCUAUAAGGACGCGUUGACUGUUUACACAGAUCUCUCCCUUGUCUUUCUAAACGCGUUGUUCUAUAAUGAACCCGAUAGCCAGAUCGCCGCAGACGCACAAAAGCUUAAGGCACUACUGGAAUCCGAGUGGAAAGCAAAAUCUCCUCUCUUGCCUCAACCGUCUACGCCAGUCGCGCCGCAAACAAGAGCAGCGCCGCCUGUGUCGCACGUACUAUCCGGAUUGAAACCUUCACCUGGCGCACCUGCACCGACGGCUGCUACUUUGAGCCACACGACCGACAUAGAAAUGUCAGCAGCAAUCAGCGCGGCUCCCGCAUCCUCAGCUCCGGUCUCUCAGGACCCUGAAUCUGAGUCCGAGUCCGAAGAAGAUGAAAUCCAUGAACUGUGGACUGUUCCUCCUGACAUUGAAAUCGUUCACCAGCUCGAACUGGGAAUCCCCCAGUACGAGCUCUUGGUCGGUGAAGAUGGCGGUUGGAUGGCGGACGUCAAGCAUGAAAGACAUCUAGAGAUUGUGCAGGCAGUGAAAGCGUACCGAGACGCUGCCGGGGUCAAGCUCUCCACCGCGUUGGAUGGUGUACCGGACGACAAGGUAGGCAAUCUAUCUAUCUGGACGACCCCUCUCAAUGUUGACCAGAACCCCAUCACGUUUCGCCUCCUGGAUAGCCGUUCCCGUAGCAAAACGUUUUACACAUCUUCGCACGCCUUCGAUGCAGACCUUGCUCGGAUGUUCGAGAGUGGCCGGCGCUAUUACCUUGAUCGAGCGGGAGUCAUUACUGGCGCCAAGGGAGAGGAAUGGGAGCGUGUUAUAGCGCUUCAGCGCGUGGCCAACGCUUUGACAUCCAGCGAGCCUCCUCCUCUUCCCCCUGUCCAGCCUCUGUCCUGUCCGCCUGCCCACUACGGCCCGGAUGCCGUGGAAUGUGACACCGUCAACCAUAAGGGAUACGCCUUGCAAGCCGGUCAGUAUGUGCAUAUUGUUGCAGGACAGGACCAUCAGAACAAUAUGCAAAUCGGGGUCCUCGGUCGCUCGGGCGGUCCGCUGGUCGGUCGAAUCACAAAAUGUUGGAGAAACAGCGUGGGCAAUGAGGGAAUCUCCUCUGCACUCUUGCCAAACCGUCAACGAGGGGGCGCUGAAGGUGAAGUCGUUGAAACCGACCAAACAACCCAUCAUCUGCUUGCAGACGUGAUAGAAAGAGUAACAUGCCAGCACGUGUCUACCGCAGGCCGGGGACGAUUGCGUGCUCCGUUCUGGUAUCCGGGAUGGCCGGUGUAUGUCUGUGGAUAUCGAUAUGAUGCCGUCCAGGGUCGGCUCCGUCAUAUUUCGCCGUCAACCUGGCGCGCACGGAACACCCCAGGAGGAUUUAUCGAGGACAUGUAUCUGUUCGAACGGCCACUGCGUCUAGGCAAGCGCGAUGAAAAGCCUUCAGCCUCGACAAGCGAUCGCUCUGUUGUCACAGCCGGAGGGGCAGCUGUCAGCACGGUUGAAAAGCUAUCCACGGAAACAACGCGUCAUUUUGAGCGGGAUCCCUUGAGUGGAGAGAUGUUCUGGUUCCCGGGACCUCCGCUGCCCAUGACCAAGCCCCAGGCCCCACGGCACAGACUGGAAUAUCUGCAUUUCUUGGCCAAGAAGUGCGACAGUGAGAAGGGUGCUCUGGAGAAUGAGGACGGGCGAGCCGCGAAGAGAACGAGGUUGAGUGCAUCAGAAAGGCUUGAAGAAGCAUUACAGGUGAUACAGGGCGAAGAGUAGCCUAUGCAUGUCACACAACUAAUCUCGCUGCACCAUAAUCCAUGAGAUGAUACAACAACACCUUUCCCCUUGUGUUGCCGAUGACAAGAUACUCGCUCUGCGCAGAAAAAUCUACCGCAGUCACGUGUCCUAGUGGGGUGCUGGACGUAGGCCAGUUUGAAAACGCAGUCAAACUGGGCAGGUGGAUCUACAGCACAUCAGUGAAGCAUUUCAUAUCAGACUGACGAUCAUACCACACGCAGAGCGUCUUUUUUGUCUCGACUGGCCAGAGCCAUCAAUUGAGAGUCGUGGUUGAAUCGUAGGGUCGAUAUAGCAGUGGUCAGGUUCCCGAUCGUUUUCACUGCCUUGGGCUGCGCUGAGAAUGUGGUCCCUUCGCUGUGCCGGAACGAAUCAGCUCCAUAUACGUUCACUAGCCCAGUGUUCGAUCUAGCCAUCGGUCAGCGAAUAGUGCGCGAUCUAAGAAGGGCCCACCAACCCAAUUGCAAGCCAACCUUGGCGCGCUCCAGCCAUAGCACGCCCAGCUCCUCGGAAACCGCCCUCGUCUUUCCAGCGUCUCACACAGCGUCUCUGGCCCACAUCCCACAGGUAAACUUCAGAGUCGUUCGUGAGCGCAGCGAGUGUAUCAUCCUGGCCAGUCCACCAAAGAGACUUGAUGCUUGCGCCGCACUUCAAGCUGCCCACGACUUGACCGGCCGCGCUUUUCCAAUCGACUAGAUGCACAUUCCCUCCUUGACCGGCGACUGCUAGCAUGCUGCCAGAGUCGUUGAAAGCCGUCACUUCCAUUCCUGCCGCACCUCCACCAGAUGUAGAGUCCCGCUCGGAGCCACCUCUGCGUGGUCGCUUUCGUCGUGGCUGUGCAAGCAUCGUGGAGGAAUCGAAAGAACCCCACAGGCCACGGCCAGUUUUGUGAAUCAUCUCGCCCCGGUGGAGGUCAUACACAAAAUAGAAUGGGCGAUUUCCAGUCAGUAGCAAGGAAGAGCCCGAUGGGUGGAAAUUGGCCGAGGAUUGAGAGAGAGGAAGUGUCGGUAUGUGCAAUGUUUGCAGCAAGGGAGACGUAUGGCCAUCAAUCUAAUCUAGUCACAAAUCCAUGGAAAGGGCCUCAAAGAAUAAACGCACAUUGAAAAGCCUUAUUCUCCGAUCCGCACUUCCUACGCACAACAGUGGAAUUUUUGCACUCGGGUGAAACGAAAGAGUUUUGAUUUCUCCAGAGUCUGAACCAGCUUGAUUGGCAUCGCGCAACCGUUCAAUAGACAGCAUGCCUGUCGCCAGCGUUCCCUUUUUCGUUCGAGACGCGAGAAUGCCGACAGUGGAAGAGAAAAGUUCAUUGAUCCCAGCUUCAUCCAUCUCCUGGAGCCGAUCCUUAGCAGCUUUAGCCCAUGCUGGCUGAGGGUUGAUGGUUUCAUAUUGUCUGCGAAGACGAGACUCAUAUUGCCGUCCAGUCAGUGUGGUUUCCGAUGCGUCGUUGCGAAGUUUACGAAGCUUCCCAGACUGUAUUGACACGGACGGAGGGUCCGAUGGGUCCUCCCAGGCAGGUUUACGGCUCGACUGAGUCCAUGUCGGUGGAUGCUCUGACUCAGGGUGAGAAUCCGACGAUCCGUCGUCGUCAUCUUCGUCGGAUCCUCCGCUGUCGCCCUCUUCCUCCUGAUCACUGAAUUCGACAUCGUCAAGAACAGAUGUAGGUUGAGCGUCGUCAACGUAGAAAAGCUAUGAUAAAUCAGACCGAGCAUUGAAAGUCAGACCACAACGAACAUCCAUGUCCGCCAGAUUUUUCAUUUCCCCGCUCUCCACAACAGAACCAGUGGUGGCCAUUGCAGGCACAUACUUAGUGCCGAAGAGGACGUUUUCCAGUCGGCGUUCUUCGUCAUCUUUCUGAGAGUCAUCGAGAAGCUCCAGCUCCAGAGACGCAUCGACUGUCUUUUGGCGCUUGCGAGGGUGUUUGGGCAUGGUGCUAUGCGCUCGCUAAGGGAGGGAACAAAACUGUGUUUGG